UCGAUUCACUCGUACUUACAUGGCGAUAAUAUGAAUAGGAGAGAUUUUUAUAAAAAAGAUUUGAUGUCACAAGUAACUUUUAUUGACGUGUUGAAUUCCUUCUCCGCCCGUGAAGUAUCCAUACUUACUUUUGUGGCGUAGGCCUACGAAUAUAAGAUAUUUUAAAUUAAUUUCAACACUAAUCACGACGCUAUCUAGCCGGCAGUUUUUCAUGCUAUUAUAAAAUGUUGUUUAGCAACACAGUGGGGUGCUUCAGAAGUAAAACAUCUAACAGUGUAUUUUCAGUUCAGUAUACAUGUUUCACAGUGUGGCCUCAUUUUACAUAAUCCAUUUCUUCUGUACAUCUCGUAUAUUAACGACCGUAUCACCAUAAUAUCAGGCAAAAAUUAUACAUUACAAGACAAAUGCGGAAGUUGUCAAAUUAUGCCCUGGCAGCGAUACGCAGAUUGUCGAUUGAUGAUACCGUGCUAACAGGUGAAGGCAGUGUGUGACAUUCGUUAUCAGUUCUAUUAGAUUAAAGAAAUUUGUAAAAAAAAAAGAGAACAUUAUAGUGAUCAGACGUUCUCGAAAUAGUGGGUAACCUGAAAGUAAGAGACCACUUGGAAUACACAGGCUACAGUGGUUGAAGGUCCCUAUAGUUGGUCCAGCGUCGUGAAACGGAUGAAGUAAACCCAGCAAUGCAGCUAUUGCAUUCCAACGCAGACCGUAGUGACGAAUGAAUCCUCCUCUGAGUGAGUGAAGCUCUCCCUGACCUGAUAUGGAUAUUUGUUGCAAUUUUGGCAGCACUGUCCAAACUUUGCUUCGCAGAAGAUAAUUCGCAGAGUAAAAGUAUUUCUGAAACUUCUACAUCUAACGCACCUACAGCAGAUGCUCCACGCACGAAAAGGCAAGGUUACUCUAGAGGUGGUCAAAAUUCAGGAUUUGGAGGGUCUGCCACAGGACUUUCUAACGCAUACCUGCCUCCAAACGGCCAAUUUUCCAUCCAAAGACCUAUGGGCUCAUUCAGUACUCUAGACCCUGCAAGAGGCGGUGGAUUCGGAGGACCGUCGUUGAGGACCUCAACAUCAUUUGGAGGUAUCAGCGGUGGUUUUGGUGGUUCCGCCCAGGGGCCAUCCAAUGCAUACCUGCCACCACGUAGAGGCAGUGGAGAUAUUAGACCUCAUAGUACUGAAUUCGGUAACCAAACACCAUCAAGUCUAGAACGACAUAACAUCAAUGGCGCGCCACAGUUCGCUGAUCAAAGUGCUGGUCUGGGACCUUUCCAAGGAUUUCCUAGUGGACCAGGUAAUGUACCAGUAUCUGGAGGUGGGAGAUAUGGUCAAGGAACUUCUGGUACUUACGAUUCCUCAGCAUUCGAAAGAAACGUGUUUGGUGGAAAAGGGCCUUCUGGAAAGUAUGGUGCACCAGAUUCUAGACGUAGUGGAUUUGGCGGUCAAGGGCCUUCCGGAGGACGCCCUGCAGGAACACAUGAUGCGUCAACUUUUGGAAGUAGUGAAUUUGGUGGUCACCGGCCUUCUGUAGGAAGACCUUCAGGAACGUAUGGUGCACCGACUUCUGGAGGUAGUGAUUUUGGUGCUCAAGGAUCUUCUGGAAAAGAACCUUCAGGAACGUAUGAUGCAACUUCUGGAGGUAGUGGAUUCAGUGGACCUUAUGAAGGAAAACGGUUUGGAGGAAGGCCUUUUAGUGCUGAUGGAGCUCCAUCCUCAAGUUCUGGAGAUCCCUCAAAUAUUUACUUACCGACUGCUGGUGGUGUGGGAAAGACUUCACAACUUUCUGGAGGUUCUGGCACUCAAAGUUCAAGAAUACCCUUUAGCUUUCAUGAAGUUCCAGGUCUGAGUGGAGGAUAUAACGGUUCUCCCAAUGGUCCGUCGAACACAUACCUUCCAUCAUCGGGUGGUAUAUUUGGUCACGGACCAUCCAGAAACAGCGGAUCUGCGUCUGGACAAUUUUCAGGAACGUACAGUUCAUCAAAUGCAGGUGGAUCAAGCAGGGGACGUGGAAGAUUCUCUGAUGGCAAUGAUAGUGGUUUCGGUGUACCGAGAACUUCAAAUUUAUUUGGUACGACACUUGCAGGUGGCCCAAUUGAAGAACCAAGUACACUCACAGGAAUUGCAGGUGGCUUUAAUGGACCCUCUAAUGCAUAUCUACCUCCAAGUUCCAAUUUUAAUUAUCAGGGAUCUUCUGGAAGUGGCACUUUUGGUGGUCCAAAACAUGGAGGAAAUGAUGUUGGCAGUGGAUCUGGUUCGUAUAGACCUCCAAAUGCUUUUACUAACACUAAUUUCAGUGCAUCACUUGAUAGUCCAUUCAAUAAUUGUGAGUCUCCUGGCACUGUCAGUCGAAGUAAUGAUGAUAUUGGCUUCAGAGGGUCAUUAUUUGGUCCAUCUAAUACCUACCUAUCCCCGGGAUCAGGAGGAAGUUCUGAUCCAAGUGGGUUUGGACGCCUGUCAAGUAAGUACAGAGUCCCUAAUCAGGAAGGAGUGUUCGAUCAAAGACUUCAGGAUGGCAGUAACAGUAACCGUGGACUACAAAGAAACAUUCCUGAAAUAUCAUUUAACUCAUAUGGUACAUCAAGUCAAGGAAGUGGUUCAGGAAGAUCUACUAAUACACAUGGUGUACCCAGUCAAGGACAGCAAGACAACUCUGCUUUUGAAGGUUAUAAAUAUUAAUACACAGUCGACUGAUAUAUAUGAUUCAGUGUGACCGACUUAAUUGCAUGGAUCAGGGAACACCAAUAUUUUUUUCUGGAGACAAGCAACUAGAUGAUUACAAUUUAAUAAUUACCAGAAGUUAAAUAACUACAUUAUGAAUGGAUUUAUAGCUUGUGUUCUCACAUCAAAACAUUUUCAAUAAAAAGUUUUGGCACUAAAAUAUCACAAAAAUAGCCUGUCUAAGAAAUAGGCUACAAGUAAUAUUUAUAUAGAACACCAUCAAUUAGACAUCUGGCACAACAAAACAAUAAGACACAAAAAUUAUCAGUGAUUAAUCAAUAAAUUACAUGUUCAAAUUAUCAUGACGACAAACCCUUGGUGCCCUGAGGUGUGCAGUUAGUGAGUGGUCUGAGUACUUAUAUCACAUAAAUGUAUUUGAAAGAAUAAUAAAGAAAUGACCCCUAAAUCGUUGGUUAACAUCGACCAGACUGCACAGCACAACAACCCAGAAGACAGAAAUCUUCA